UAUGAAACCUUCAGGACAGAAGAAGAAGAGAGAAUAAAAGCUAAGGGGCAAGAUGUCAAAUCAUCAGUGUAUUUCAUGAAGCAGACCAUUAACAAUGCUUGUGGAACAAUUGGGCUAAUUCAUGCUAUUGCAAACAACAGAGAUAAAAUGAACUUCGAAACUAAUUCUUCGCUGAAAAAGUUCCUAGAAGAUUCAUUAUCUAUGACUCCUGAAGAGAGGGCCAAAUAUCUAGAAACUUAUGAAGCUAUUCGUGUCACUCAUGAAUCCAGUGCCCAUGAAGGUCAGACUGAGGCACCAAGUAUAGAUGAAAAAGUAGAUCUUCACUUUAUUGCAUUAGUUAAUGUAGGUGGUCAUCUCUAUGAAUUGGAUGGGCGCAAGCCAUUUCCAAUAAACCAUGGGGAAACUAGCGACGAUUCUUUUUUAGAGGAUGCAAUAGAAGUUUGCAAGAAAUUCAUGGAACGUGAUCCAGAAGAAUUAAGAUUUAAUGCAAUUGCACUGUCUGCAGCUUAAAAGCCUUUUCCAGUGGGGCUAAUCUAUUGCAAUGUAUUGUAACAAUAAAACUGUUGCCAUAUGUUAAUAGUACAAAUUUUGAUACUUCCCUAACAUGUUGAUUAAUUGUAGCAUACAUGGAAUAAACUUUGCAUUUGUCCUUGCUAUAUCUUACUGCUUGUUCCUAAAGCAACAUUGGGUAUUUAUAUACACGCAUGCUUUUUGUGCAAGACUUCUAUGUGGUGGGUUUUUCCCCUUCCACCCCCUAAAAAGUUUUGGGAAUUACUGUCUGUGAUAUUUCAUCAUAAUAAUGAUGAGCUAGUUCAGAGCAGGAUUAUGAUUUGUAUCAUUCACAGAUAACACUUUGAGUGGAGUAUGUGGUAUGUUAAUGGGUAAAAAGUUGAAAUAUGAGGCUAUCUGCAUCUUUUAAUUAUAAUGAUACAAGAAUAUUGUAAGAACUUUUGCAGGUGACUCAAAAGACAGGCAUUUUUUUCAGUGCAUCAUUUAUAAAUAAAUAUAUGGAAGAAAAAAGGCAGAAAAGGGACUGUUUCUUCUUACUGUUGGUGAGCACUAACAUUUUAAAAUUAUCUUAAUAUUUACAUUUUGAAUAAAACUUAAUUUUGUUUCUUAAGUCUAAUAAUGUUAAUAAAUUGUCAAAAAGCUUU